AUGAAGAACUCUGUCAUUGCUCUUACCCUCAUUGGUGCCGCGGCUGCCCGCCCGGCUGCCCUCAUGACCAAGCGUGAGGUUCCCCAGGAACACGCUCACCGCAACGUCAUCAUUGCCGUCAACGAUUUGUUGUUCCAGAACAACCCGGACGACAUUCAGGACGGUGUCUUUGCUCUUCUCGGAGCCAAGGCAGCCGCCGAUGGUGCUGGAGACAUCGCUGAUGCCGACUGCCUCCAGCAAGCCGUAGCUGACCAGGCCUUCACGAACGCCAAGGAAGCUGGUGAUGUUGAGGGCAUGACCAUGGCCCUCAUCUACCGUGCUCUGGAACGAAACACUGGCUCUGUCGGCCUGGCUUCCGUUCCCUGUGAGUCCAUCAAGGCCGUCAACCCUGAGAUCGCUGCGCUCCAGCAGCACCAGGAUCCUGCCAGCGAUGGAGCUGCCGAGCUCAACAAGCAAAUUGCUGAAGAGCUUGCUCGCCAGAUUGCCGCUGUCGGUGGAGACCCAUUGAUGGCCAACGAGGCUUCGACUUUCGCACCUGGCGAGAUCGGCGACCCAACCGGUGCCGGUAACACUUGCGACGACGAGAACGAUGAUGCGGGUUGCAUCAACACCCAGAACCUCCGUGUUGAUGAUCUCACUGAAGAUGAGAUCGCCGCUGCGGUCGCUGGUGUCAGUGGAGCUGCUGCUGCUGCUGGCAACAACACUGCCGCCGCUGGUAACGCUACCGAUAACGCUGCUGGUAACAGCAACGCCAACGCCGGUAACGCCAACAACAAUGCCAAUGCUGGCAACAACAAUGCGAACGCCGAUGCCGGUAACAGCAACAACAACAACGCCGCCGCCGGUAACAACGCCGCUGCUGGCAACGCUGCUGGCGGCAACGCUGCUUCCGGCGCGGGUGCCGCCGCAUUCGGCAACUGCGACCCUACCAUCACCUUUGGUCUUCCCUCCGACGGCCGCCAGGAGGAGGCCUUCGAGCCCACUGACCUCAGCACUUUCAACCACGGCUCGGCUCAGAAGAUCGACAUUAUCUCCCAGUUCAUCUGCUCCCAAAUGUCCAACAAGUGUGAUGUAGACGCUGCGGCUGUCAGCACCUGCGAUGAUGCUGCGGCUGCCGCUUCGGGCCUCACAGGCCAGGCCGCUGCCGAUGCUUUCAACUCUGGUCUUGGUCUCUAG